AUGGCAUGUGACCAGGCUAUCUUUCUCCAAUGCGGAAGAUCGCGCCGAUCAGCGCAAUAUGCCUGCGCUUGCAGGAUGUCUUAUCAAGAAGGUGGGGCACGCAGUCAUUUAAAUGGGCGUGAUCUACUGUUUUUCUGUGGUCACUGUUGUGUUUUCUGGUGUUCUGUUGUCUUUUUCUGGUGUUCUGUUUUGAUCUGUUCUGAUCUCUAUUGUUCUGAUCUGUGUUGUUCUGUUCUCUGUUGUUCUGAUCGGUGUUGUUCUGAUCGUGUUGUUCUGUUCUGUUCUGAUCGGUUCUCUGUUCUGAUCUGUGUUCUUUCAUCAUGUCCAAAUCCAGCAAGCGCAUCCGCUUGGAAAAGGAAAUCUUCUCCAAGUCCAUCCAGGACAUCGAGAAGAUGUUCAACUUCACCUACGACGAAGCCGAAAGACCCCACAAAGUGCCGUCCAACCACCGCCUGGAUCUCCCCGCCGGAACCCUCAAGUAUACCCAUUUCGACUACGAUUGCAUCAACAUCGCCCUUAUCCAGUCCGACACAAACAGCGACGCGGGCCUGGACGCCCAAGCGACGCCGAUCUUGCCCGACUCGCCCGCCACGCUACAUCCGUUUGCCGACACGGACGUGCCCCGCAGCGUGCUUCUAG